AUGAAAGCUAACGCGACCCGCCUCGGCUUGGGCCUGCGAAGCAGGUGUGAAGGGGGGAAGGUGCUGUUAGAAAAGGCACUGGUGCAGAAUGACAUCCUCAUAGAGGUGCCGCAGGCCAUUGUCAAGGAGCGCCUCGUUGAGGUACCGACCGUCUGCACGCAGGAGGUUGUUCGGGCUGUGCCGAAGGUCGAGGUGCAUGAAAUCAUCAAAGAGGUGCCAAAGAUAGAGUACCAGGUUUCCGAGCGGAUAGUUGAAGUGCCGGAGGUCCGCUAUGUGGAGAGGAUCGUGGAGGUGCCGGAAGUGCACACUCAAGAGGUUGUAAGAACGAUCCCCAAGAUAGAGGUUCAAGAAGUUGUCAAGACUGUGCCGAAAGUUCAGGUGCAGGUUCAGGAGAGGAUCAUCGAGGUGCCAAAGGUUUGCACUGUGGAGAAGGUGGUCGAAGUGCCUCAGGUUCAGAUUCAGGAGGUCGUUCGAACAGUGCCUCGCCUGGAGGUUCAGGAAGUGAUCCGCGAGGUGCCAAAGGUGGAGGUUCGAACGGUUGAGAAACUGGUGGAGGUACCGCAGGUUGCACUGGUGGACAAGUUUGUAGAAGUGCCGCAGGUGCAGGUGCAGGAAGUAGUCCGGCACGUGCCGAAGUUGGAGGUGCAUGAGGUUGUUCGGGAAGUGCCCAAGAUUCACAUGGAGUACCGGGAGAGGAUUGUGGAGGUUCCCCAGGUGCACUUGCAGGAGCGACUGGUCGAAGUGCCGAAGGUUCAAGUCCAGGAGGUCGUGCGCACUGUUCCGAAGGUUGAAAUUCAGACUGUGGACCGCGUGGUCGAGGUGCCCCAGGUCCAGCUUGUUGAGAAGCUGGUGGAGGUGCCCAAAGUCCAGAUUCAAGAGCGGCUUCAUCACGUUCCGAAGAUCCACACGCAAGUCGUCGAGAAGCUGGUUGAAGUACCUCAGGUGCAGUUCGUCGACAAGAUUGUUGAGGUGCCGCAGGUGCAAGUCCAGGAAGUGGUGAGGCAUGUGCCAAAGAUCGAGACACAGGAGAUUGUCCGCACAGUGCCGAAGAUCGAAGUCAGAACAGUGGAGAAGAUCGUGGAGGUCCCACAAGUUCAGUACGUCGAGAAGAUCGUGGAAGUGCCGGAAGUGCGCAUCCAGGAGGUAGUGCGGCACGUUCCGAAGAUUGAAGUGCAAGAAAUUGUGAGGCAUGUCCCGAAGAUAGAGGUGAAGUUCGAAGAGCGCAUCGUCGAGCACCCACAAGUCCAUCAAGUAGAGAAGAUCGUGGAAGUGCCACAAACGGUGGUUCAAACAGUGGACAGACAUGUUCCCAAGAUCCACGUGCAAGAGAUAGUGAAGCACGUUCCCAAGAUCGACGUUCGAGUGGAGGAGCGAAUUAUCGAAGUUCCGCAGAUACAGCACGUGGAGAAGGUGGUGGAGGUGCCGCAGACCGUAGUGCAGGUCGUGGAGCGACACGUGCCAAAGGUUCACGUGCAAGAGAUUGUGAAGCAUGUUCCGAAGAUAGACGUGCAGAUCCAGGAGAAAGUAAUCGAAGUUCCUCAAGUGCAGGUCGUCGAGAAGAUCAUCGAGGUCCCACAGACACAGGUCCACGAGGUCGUCAAGCACGUGCCCAAGCUCCAUGUCCAGGAAGUGGUCCGACAUGUUCCAAAGGUUGACGUGCAGGUCCGGGAGCGAAUCGUCGAGGCAUGCAUCGGCCGCGGGCGGAUGUUUGUGGAUGCGAGCACUAUGUCGUGGCUGCACAGACAGGAUCGCUUCUUGUGGAGUGGGAGGUUUCAUCAUGCUGCCAAGGUUCCCAAAGUACAGGUGCAGGAGUUGCGUGCCAUCGAAUGCCGCACCUGCGGAGUCAUGUCGUGUUCCGUGCAGUACGGAAGUGAGAACUUCCGGGACGCUCUGCAGUACGUUGUACACCAUCAAGAUGACAGGUGA